AUGUCGCGGCGGCCCAAUCCCGCGGCUGAUCGCGCUGAGCAGAACCGCGCAACGCUGAAGAACCUGGUGAAGCUGGAGGGCAAUAAGACAUGCUCCGACUGCAAGAGGAACAAGCACCCACGAUGGGCCAGCUGGAACCUCGGUGUCUUCAUUUGCAUUCGCUGCUCGGGAAUCCACCGUGGCAUGGGCACGCACAUUUCGAAAGUCAAAUCGGUCGACCUCGACACGUGGACGGACGAGCAACUGCAGAGCGUGCUGAAGUGGGGUAACGCCAGGGCGAACAAGUACUGGGAGGCAAAGCUGGCACCAGGACAUGUGCCCUCGGAGGCGAAGAUCGAGAACUUCAUUCGCACAAAGUAUGAGUCGAAGCGCUGGGUCAUGGACGGAGGCAUCCCGGAUCCUGCAACACUGGGCGAGGACGAUGACGAUGUGCCAUUGUCGCAGGUGCAGCAGAAGAUCCAAGUUGAACGAGGCGCCUCGCAACGCCUGGCUGGAAACGCCGCACCCUCGAGGCCUCCCCCUCCGCAGCAAGCGAAGCCCGCACCGGUAAUCGACCUCUUCGGCGACGCGACGCCUAUCCCUCCUCGAUCGAGCACUGGACCGCCUGCUGCGACAAGGGCACCGCCGCCUAAGGCCGAAGCUGCGCCUCCGAAACAGACAAAGGCAGGCGACUCAUUGCUGGGCCUGGACUUCCUCGGAGGCAGCUCUGCCCCACCAGCCCGACCUUCCAGCACAGGACCCGUUGGCGCUUCUGCCCCGUCGAGGCCCGAUCUCAAGCAGUCGAUUCUGUCUCUGUAUGCCUCUGCGCCCAAGCCCGCAGCAGCACCGCAGCCUCAGCAACAUACACGACAAGAGUCGUUCGGCGGCCUCGCAUCCCCCCAGUCGCAGACAUCUCCCACACAGGCAGCCUUCGGCGGCAUGAAUGACGCCUUCAGCAGCCUCUCCUUCAACGCCGCGCCCGCACCCAAGCCCUCGCCUUUCUCCGGUCUCGACGCAUUCUCUAGCACAAAGUCACCCGCCUCGACAUCCUCAUCCACCAUGUUCGGCGGCGGCGGCAACUUCUUCGACUCGAAGCCCAAAUCGCCUCCCGCCCAAAACCGCACAACCAGUCCCUCCGCCGGCCUGAGCAACUUCUCCUCCUUCAACGCCCCCGCUCCCUCGAAGCCCGCCGCCUCGUCCGGCAUGGGCGGCAUGGGCGACCUUCUCGACCUCUCGAUGCCCUCUGCGCCCGCACCUGCACCGCAGCACACGUUCUCGCCCGUCGCCUCGCCGCCUCCCGCAUCCUCGACGUUCAACCUGUCUCAGCCUUCUGCGCCUGCUGCAAAGUCUAGCCAGCCCGCUGUCAACUACGGUAAUAUGGAUGCGUGGGGGAGCAGUGAUGCCUGGUCUUCCAGCGCGCAAAGUCAGCCUGCGGCCCCUGCGGCGACGACCUCGCAUGCACCUGCGAAGAGCCCUGGGUGGGGAGGCGAUGAUGACUUUGGGGGCUGGAGCAGUGCUGCGCCAGCCACGACUGCGAAGACGAACACUACGACACAUGCGAGCAAGCCGGCUGGUGGGUUCGGAGGCAAUGAUGACUUGUUCUCGAACGUCUGGGAGUAG